AAGUAAAGGCAGUGGGCUCCUGGUUUGGGAGUUGUAUUCAGAACUUGGCAUGUAGACUUCACUUCUUUUUUCUUGCAUGGAUUUUGACAUGUCAGAUUAGAUAUAUAAUUUUUUUCUCCUUAUCCUUUAUCUUGCUCAGACACAGUUAAGGUAGCUGUGGUCCCUUUAUUUUAUUCAGUGUCCUACAAAUAGGAGCGAUAUAUAACUGUUGAUUCCAUCUAUAUAUAUAUAUAUUCAUGUCAAGUUGUCCCUACCAAGGUUCUGGUAUUUUGUGACACCAUUUCCUGAAUUCUAAAACCACUUUCUAAACAAGUUCUUGCUCUUAGCAAUAAAUUAAUAAUUAAAUGAAUUCAAAAACAUUAAUGGAGUAAAACAAAGAGUAUAAAUAUAUAACUUUUAAAGCUUAAAGUCUGAAACACAAAGCAAAAACACUUCAGAAUUCUCUUUCAUUAUGAGUCUAUCGUUAUCUCCUUCUGGAAAAUGGUUAGGAUUUGUUACUGCCAUAUGGGUUCAGGCAAUAUGUGGUAACAAUUACACAUUUUCCAAUUAUUCUGAUGCAUUAAAAUCUCUAAUGGCUCUUACUCAGUUACAACUCAAUACUCUUUCUGUUGCUAAAGAUGUUGGCAAGGCAUUUGGUCUUCUUUCUGGCCUUGCUUCGGAUAGAUGGUCAACUUCGGUCAUACUCACUAUUGGAUCAAUUGAAGGACUUAUUGGAUAUGGAGUUCAAUGGCUUGUUGUUAGCCAGAGAAUCCAUCCUCUUCCUUACUGGCAGAUGUGUAUAUUUCUGGGUAUGGGAGGAAAUAGCACAACAUGGAUGAACACAGCAGUUUUAGUGACUUGUAUGCGAAACUUUCCUAAAAAUCGCGGUCCAGUAUCUGGAAUCCUUAAAGGUUAUGUAGGAUUAAGUACAGCAAUCUUUACUGAUAUUUGCACUGCUCUUUUUUCUUCUAACCCAUCUACAUUUCUACUUAUUCUUGCUAUUGUUCCUGCUGUUAUUUGCUUUACUGCUAUUCUCUUCCUCUGCGAAACCCCGCCUUCCUCUACUCCAACAGAAGAAAAACAAGAAACACAAUUUUUCAAUGCCCUUAAUGUCACUGCCGUUAUAGUUGCAGUUUAUCUCUUGGCUUUUGACAUUACUGGAAGUCAUGGUCAUAUUCUUUCUGUUGCAUUUGCAGUAGGACUUAUGUUCUUACUAGCUACUCCGCUACUUAUUCCUUUAUACUCUCUUCUGUUAAAGAAAAACACCAAUAUUUCAGAUUUUGAGCAACAAAUAAAGGAAACAUUGCUUGUUGGUCAAAAAGAUUUACAUCAUAAGGUAGAGACAAUAGAGAAUGUUGGGAUAAAUAAUCAACAGCCAUUGAUUGGGGACGAUCAUACGAUUCUUGAAAUGAUGAGAACAUUUGAGUUUUGGAUUCUUUUCCUGUCAUUUCUUUGCGGUGUGGGUACUGGAAUGUGUGUGAUGAACAAUAUGGGGCAGAUGGGGCUGGCUCUUGGGUUUGUUGAUGUAUCCAUUUUUGUCUCACUUAUUAGCAUUUGGGGAUUCUUUGGACGUAUUCUAUCUGGUCUGGCAUCAGAAUAUUAUCUCUCGAAAUUUGGGACACCAAGGCCUCUAUGGAAUGCAAUGUCUCAAAUUCUGAUGACUAUUGGAUUUAUAGUGAUGGCAAUAGCAUUUCCAGGAUCACUUUACAUUGGUUCAAUUCUAGUUGGUAUAUGCUAUGGAGUUCGUCUGACUAUAACUGUCUCAGUAGCAUCAGAACUAUUUGGUCUUAAAUACUAUGGCUUAUUAUAUAAUAUUCUAAUUCUCAAUCUUCCUCUGGGCUCCUUCCUCUUUUCUGGUCUGCUUGCUGGUUAUCUUUAUGAUGCUCAAGCAACUAAUACUGCUGAUGGUGGCAAUAUUUGCGUUGGACCUCACUGUUAUUUCCUCAUCUUUCUUAUUAUGGCUCUUGCCUCUGUUAUUGGGUUUGGGCUUGAUGUGCUGUUGACGAUUAGAACGAAGAAAGUUUAUGCCGAGAUUUUUGCAGAUAAAAAGUCUAGUCCCUCGACGAAUUUUUAGAAUUUUAUCCAAGUUCAUGACAAAGAAGGCAUGGAUGGUUGUGUUUUUGUGUAUAUAUAGGUUUAGCAUUUGUCGAUAGUGGUUGUCUGCCACCAUCCAUCGAGUAAAUAUGUUUGGGAAAAUUUAUAGCAAUUAGCUAAUUUGAUAUGUGCACACGCAAAAGAGUUUCGAAUGUAAGAUUUUAUAUAAUUUUUUUUGUUUGAAGAAAGAUUUUAUGUAGAUUUUGAUUACAUGUUAAUGUUGUUAAUAUCAUAG